AUGCUGGGAUUUGACAAUGGACAAUACCGACGAUGUAUUCCUCAACAACUGCUUGGUGAAGUUCAAGAUUGGUAUUUGGCACAACCGACAAAUUCCAGUGAUUGUGAUUGGGCCUCGUUCCAAGCAACCUUCUGCCUCAGAUAUCCACAACAACGACAUCAAACCAAUUCAAUAUUAAUUCUUCAACAGCUAAAAGACCGAAAACAACAUACAACUGAACCAUUUCUUAAUUAUUAUAAUGAUAUAAUGAAACUAUGCAAAGAAUAUGAUGCACAGAUAUCUGAUAGUCAAUGUCUGGAUCAUUUAAAAAUUGGUAUGAAAGUCACAUUGCUGGAAAAAGUCAUCUCAAAUGAUAUUAAACAGCCUCAAGAGCUACUGAUCCAAGUGCAACAAAUUGAAUUAAAUCAGAAAAUCAUUGAUUUACGAAUGAGUGAAGGAGAGACAACCUCACCUUCCGUUCUGGUCUCUCAACACCAACAGCAAUCUUCGUACCAACGUCCUUAUCCUCAGCAGGACUAUUCCUACAAUCAGAAUUAUUCGCCCCCGCGUCAGCAACGUCCACAAUACUAUUUCUCACCUAAACGUUUGUCCUACAAUGAUUAUUAUCCACAACAAUUAAAUUAUUCCUUGGUAUCGUACAAUCGCACACAACACCAGCAACCUUACUCACCAACUCCAUCCACAAAUAGCAUUAGAUGUUUUCGCUGUAGUGGAUAUGGACAUUAUUCUAGUGAGUGUCCAACUCAAAAAAACUUCCAGUAG